CAGAAUACCUACUCCGGAGUUUCUGACUGCACACGAGACCGCAUAGAACGCGAGAAAUGGCCACUUUCAGUCCAACCCCUGCCUACAUCUUGGGCACCCUGUGCCUGGCUCUCGGCAUCAACGCCAUCGGUCGCCCAGCCUCCGAAUACCCGUGGUUUGGUCUCCCCUUCGAAUCCGCAGCCGUUUCUACGCAUACAAAUACCUCUCCCCCAUCGGGCGCUGUCUCCCCCCUCAUGUACCUGAAGGGGAUUCGAGAGACGAGCUAUGGUCUGGCGCUGAUUGCCCUGCAGUACUAGGGCCAGGAGACCGCCCUCACCACCCUCGCUGCCAUCCUCGCGCUCGCAGCGCUCUCCGAUGGGCUCCUCGUGUGGACUCAUGGUAACACGCUGAGGACGAAGGCCUUUGGACACUGGGUGGCAUCUUUGGGAUUCGCUGGGUGGUCCUUGUGGAGAUUCCUAUAUAUUUGAAG